AACACUCCUGCUCGUUUAUUAAGCAGUACUUUCAAACUGUUCUUCUUUUCUGUUACAAAUGUUUUCCUUCUUUUUUAAUUUUUCUUGCCGUUUCCUGCUGCAGACAUACGAAGAACAAGGCAAACAAUUCAAGAAAUAACGACUGUCUGGCGGUGAACAUGACCUAUGAACGUGGAGAUAUCAUCCUUGACCAGACUACUGACACUCCCACAGACGCGUCAACCGUAAACACAGUAGAUGAUCAACCGCAGUCACGUGACGAGCCUCCCGAUUACGAAGACGUUGAUUACACACGACUGAAUGAAGUUCCACCUCCAAGAAGAUCAAUAAAACGUCAAGAAUGUCAUGCACUCGAGCCCGUUGGUUAUGAUACCCCUGAUGUAUUCUACCACGUGCUGGAGCACCCAAAUAUAGAAUCAUCAGAUGGACUACAAUGCUAUGCGCGCGAGCCUCAUAGUAAUGGUUCCUCUGAAGUGUUUUACCACACAUUGGAUUCCCCCACAGAUUUGAAUAGACCAACUAAUCAGAAUCUUUUUGAAGUCAACCAUUACACAUUGAAGCCUGUAUAUGAAUCAGCAGAGAACUCUGCUCCACUCGUUGAGGCGAACAAACUUUACGACAAUUCCAUCGCAUGAGUGUGACAUAGCAUAUCAUCACGUAGGACAGAUUCCGCGUGACUGUGACAAAAUUGAUUAAAAAACACGACAAGGUGAUGGUACGGAAGUAAAAUGACAUUCCUGGAUCGGAAUUACUUGCUUUGGUUAUACGCGAUUAACUGCUCGUCAAAUAUAAAUGCAAAUUGAUCAUGGUAUGAAGGCCAUACGUUUGUUAGCCACUGGCUGUUAAGGACCGUUAUCAAAUUAUAUAUAAAUAAUAAUCAAAACGAAACAAACAAGGACUUCGUUUACCUGCCAUAUUUGCGUAGACCCAUUUUGCCGUAUAAAACCUAAACGUCUUUCAAUUUGCAGCUGCAUAAGUCGCUUCAUAUAAUGCGAGGAUCAGCUCAAUUUGAUACUAUUACAACCGCAGGACAAAUAUAUAUUUCAUAUAUAUUCUCAUACACACAAACGUAGCUAUAACAAAGCACUAUGGAAAGUUGACAAAAAAAUAAAAAAAUAAAAAAAAAUUACUGAGAAUUUACUCUCCAUCCAAUUGCCCGAAACACGACAUGAACACGACGCAAACACGGUCACGUAAGGGCUACCCUAUUACAAUAAAGGCAUUCAAAA